GGUGAAAUGAAGGGUGCACAUAAUCAUCCAUGUACAAGAGAUUUUAUGAUAGUAGACAGCAGCAGACGUUCGUUAACGGAGGAUGAGAAGACUCAAGUAAAUAGUAUGAUUAAAUAUAUGGUGUCAACUUCUGAACUGCGGGACGCAGUAUUCUUGAAAUUCGGAAAAUUUCUAUCUCGAAAGGAUGUAGUUAAAUUGAGAGAAGUGUUUGGAGGUGUGAAAAGUAUGGCUGAAGUUCUACAGCUGUUAUCCUCUUCAGGUGAAGUUCGUACGAAGAGUUCCAAUGGACAGAUUGAUGUUAUAUGUUUCAGCCUGCAACAACAAAUUAAAUUUUUUCAAAGUUUUCCGGAAGUAAUUUGCAUUGAUUCGACGUACAAAACCAAUAAGGUUGGUUUCAGUCUGUUCCAGUUAGUCGCCACAGAUGGGUGUGGAAAUGGUGCUUGUGUUAUGUUUGCUUUCUGUCAGAGGGAGAAUGUGGUAGAUAUCACGUUUGUCCUCGAAAUGUUUAAAGCCAUAAUGGGAUGUACCAAUGCUACGAGGACAUUUGUCAUGGAUAAUUGUCAGGCGGAAAUCUCGGUGCAACAAGUGUUUCCACAUUGCAGGAUAGUUCUUUGCUCAUUUCAUGUGCUGCGAGCGUUUGGUCGGAAGUUUCGGAAUAGUGAUGCACGGUUCGCACUACGAAGAAUGCUUUCAACGCGUUUUAGAGAAAGAUUUAACUAUUAUUACAGAUACAUUCGGCAUGAAUUCCCUCAAGCAUACCAAUAUUUAAAUGGACACUGGAUGAAUAACAGGAGAAUGUGGGCUAGAUGCUUCAGGAGGAAAUACAUGACAUUGGGUAACGGAACGAACAACAGGGUUGAGAGUGCUCACAAGCACCUGAAGUUGCACCUUCGACGGAAUGACCCACUAGUGCUAACCUUAAGGAAAGUUUAUAACAAAGCAAAGAAUUAUUGGCGCCUUCGACAGUAUGACACGCUGUUAACAUUGCAGAGAUUUCGUCAAUAUGAUGCUCCACAGUUAAUUCAUGUGCACUUGGACAAAUUAACGCCGUAUGCUGCUAAAUUAGUCUUCAAAGAUUACCAAAGGGUUGGACGUAUUCAUCACUCGGUAAUCAGCAGCGACCUAAUUGAUUGCUAUGACGGAGUGGCCUUCAACUUAGUUGACAUUUCUAAUGGUGUAUGCGGGUGUCACCACUUCCAUGACUUGCGCAUAGUACAUGUAGGCAUGCAGUUAGCCUUUUAGAAAGAAAACUUAAACUCGUAGACCGUUAUUACUCUGAAUAUGCGUGCAAAUGUUAAGGUUUUUGAUUUCAGAAUGCGUUAAACAUCAUCUUCCAACAGGGCUACCGGAGAAGUAUACGUUCACC